GUUAGCCAAAAACGGACCUAGGGUUUUCGUCUGUUGCAGUCACUGUUUCUGAACUCUCUCCUAAAGCCUCUAUAUUCGCCGGAUUGUUCAUCUCCAAGAAUCUGUCAUCUCCGAAUAAACCAAUCUCGAGUGUGAAUUUGUAACAAUGAGUAAACGAAAGCGUCCGGAUCCGAAAUCAUCGGGAAGUAAUCUAAACGAACCACACGAGAAGCUUCUUCUCAAUCUGAUUCGAAGCAGCCAAGAAAAGGGCGUAACGAUGAACGAAUUGAAACGCGAUAAAACUAUCCCAGCAACUAUGAUUUCUCGAUUGACUACUUCUCUUAAGAAGAAGAAUCUCAUCAAAGAAGUAGCAAGCAUGAACAACAGAGGUGUCAAACAUUUUCUAGCUAUGGAGUUUGAGCCUAGUAAGGAACUUACUGGUGGGGAAUGGUACAUUGAUGGAACGCUUAACCUGUCGAAAAUCGAAGAUUUGAAGGCGAAAUGUGUUAUGAUUUUGGAGAGGCAUAGGCAUAGAGUUGUUACGUUGGAGGUGAUGUGUGGGUAUUUUGUUAAAGAAGAGAAGUUGAGUGUAGAACAGACUAAGGAGAUACUUAAGAACUUGGUUUUGGAUAAUGUGAUCAUGGAGGUGAAGAGUAAUGGAUUGAAUGAGUUUGCUUCUACGAGAAUCGGAGAAGUUUGCUACAAGUUGACUGGUAAGAAAUCCGGUAAUGGUGAAGCCAGAGCUGGAGCUUUUGCUUCGGUGCCUUGCGGGGCUUGUCCGCAUAUAGGGCUUUGUUCACCUGACGGUGUUAUCUCUCCGACUACAUGUGUUUAUUUCCAGAAAUGGUUAGACUUUUAGCACUCUCUGUUUUGUUUUUCUGGGUUUAAUACUUAAGA